AAAUCCAUCCCUUCGGCGGGAAAGCCAAAAAUUCGAAGUGGGCGACUGGCGAGAGACGGAGAGAGAGUUGCAGAGCAGCGGCGACCUCUCGUCAAAGCUGGGCAGCCAUGGAAAAAGCCGUAUCUCGGAUAGUUGCAGACCUCGAAGCGCACCAGACCGACCUCGAUGAUUCACACCACCAAACACAGACACCCAUCUCAGAAUCAACACUCUUGGAUCUCCAAAAGCUCGUAGACAACGCCUUCAAUGACCGGGACCCAGAAGGCAUGAACCGUCUCUACGUAGAGCUCUCGUCAAGAAACCUCUCCCCGGCCUCUCUCGUCUGUUCGAUCAGCUCCACCAUGGAUUCCGGCCCCACCCACCUCUCCCUCUUAGCUUCCAAAGUUUACCUCUCUCUGCUCCUCUCCCCAAACGCCCCGGUUUUCACCCUUUUCACACCCAUGUCUUUUCUCUCUCUUCUUCGCUCCAUUCGCCGAUCUCUCAAGCACCGGUCGCCUCCUCCUGCGACUGAUCGGGAACACCGCGGCAGAGGGUCGCACGUCGUGGCUUGUCGGAAGAGGAAGGGCAAAUCUUCUCGCAAUUUGGUUCGCAAUGUUGAUUUUGAGGACGGCGGCGAUGCGAGCGAAGAAAACGUUUUCGAUGUGAGGGUUUUGUUCUCUGUUCUUGAAAGAGUAGAGCUCGUUUUGGGUUUAAUGCAUUUGGGUCGAUUUCCCGAUAGUUUGAAGUCUUUGAUCCAAACUGUCGCUGAAAUUCCCGUAACUGCGGUUGAAUUGUGUGGCGGGUCGGGAAAUUACACCAAAUUAUGUGAUUUGUGUUCGAGAAUUUUGAGUGAAUUGUUAAAGCCCGAGCAUGGUGAUCAAGCAAUUACAGCGGCUGAGGUGUUGAAGUCUCUAUCACCCUCAAUCCUUCUGCUUAAAUCACAGGCUCGAACUUGUGCUCUGGAAUUUGUUAAGACUCGGAUGAUAACUGCAGCCAGGGACUCGCUUGUUAUCAAGAAAGCAAUAGUGAAUCUUCCAAGGUAUUUGGUGCUCAAGGCACCUGAGAAGUCAGAGCCUCGGGCUCUAGCUGUUGAAUCAAUAAUGGAGAUUGUUUGUACAAUGGAGUUUGAUGAUCAAAUUGAGUUUGCAGGUUAUGUGUUGAAGAUGAGUAAAGGGAAGCCCCACCUUAGGCUUUUGGCUGUUGAUCUUGUUCCGGUGCUUAUGAUGUCAUUGAGGGAUUCAUUUAUGGCGAGCUCAGAAAGUGAAGGGAAGACUUCAUUGGGGUUGAGGUGUUUGGAGGCUCUGAUUCAGCGUUUUUCAGAUGCAAGUGCAGCUAUUCGAGCUCGGGCUUUGUCAAACAUGGGGCAGCUGGUGGAGUUUUUUUCAGGUGAUGAUAGGAGCCUAACCCUGUUGAAGAGAGUAAUAGGAUUUGGCAAUGUGGGAGAAUGUGGGAUAAAUGUGCUUCUGAGGAAAAGGUGCAUGGAUGAGAAAGCGGCGGUCAGGAAGGCUGCUCUACUUCUGAUCACAAAGUUGACGGCUGCACUAGAUGGUGCCUUCGAUGCAGAUUUGUUGAAGACUGUGGGAAUGGCUUGUUCAGAUCCACUUGUUAGCAUACGUAAAGCAGCAGUUUCAGCUCUCUCCGAGGUCUUUAGAACACUAUCAGAUGAAAGUGUAACCAUCGAGUGGCUACAUUCUGUUCCAUGUUUAAUAACUGAUAAUGAAUCUAGCAUUCAAGUCGAAUGCGAGAACUUGUUUCUGGAAUUGGUCUUGGAUAGGGUGUCCAGAGCUGGUUCUACUAGGUUGCAACAAAAUGAACCAUUAUCUUUCAAAUCAAAUGUUAAGCCAAAAGAUAUUGAAAUACUAUUUCCUGAGGGACUUUUGGUUCUGUUGAAAGAGAUCUGCAAUGGAGAAGUAGCCCCCUGGGUGAGGAAGAUCUGCACAAGCCUGGGAAAGAAGAAAAAGCUCAAUGGAAACAUUGCUACUGCUCUUCAAAAUAUCAUAAAGACAUCUGAGUCUCUCUGGUUGAGCCAUUCCAUGCCGAUAGAGAAGUGGACAGCCCCACCUGGUGCUUGGUUUCUUCUCUCGGAGGUAUCAGCUUUCCUUUCAAAAUCUGUGGACUGGGAGUUCCUCCAUCAUCAUUGGCAGCUCCUUGACAAGCAUGGUCUGGAAGGUGAAUUUAUAUCCCCAUGUGUCCAAGGAGAUGACGAUGAAGAGCUAGAGGGCAUAGAAACCAAUUCUGUAGCUUGGGCUGGAGAUCGUGUUCUUCUCUUGCAAACAAUCUCUAAUGUUUCAGUAAUGCUGCCGCCUGAGUCUGCCGCAGAUUUAGCUCAUAACUUGCUCAACCGGCUGGAGGACUUUAACAUGCAUUCAACUGAGGUUAAUGCUCAUGUAAAAGCACUCAGAACAUUGUGCAAGCGAAAGGCUAAUCCUGAGGAAGCUGACGUUCUUGUUAUGAAAUGGGUAUACCAGCUUCUCCCUAAAGCUUCUCAAGUUAUAGAAAUGUUCAUUUCAAAGAACUCUGAUGCAAAUGAUGAGAGUAGCUUCUUUACACCACCAAGAAGUGAGAGUAGGAAGAGCAAGAAAGCAAUGGCAGUCUCCAGAUUAUUAUCACAAGCAGUUACUGCAUGCUAUACCAUUGGGUCUUUAGUUAUUGUUUGUCCUUCUGCUGAUCUGAAUGCUAUAAUUCCAGUUUUACAUUCCAUUAUCACUUCAGGGAAUUUCAAUCCAAAGUUGAAAAAAUUUCCAGUCCCUGCAGUUUCUAUAAAGCAGACAGCUCCUUCUUUGUAUAUUCAAGCAUGGCUGACAAUGGGGAAGAUAUGUCUUGCAGAUGGAAAACUUGCAAAGAAAUAUAUCCCUCUGUUCGUGCAGGAGCUUGAAAAGAGUGACAAUGCAGCCCUUCGCAACAAUAUUGUAGUGAUGAUGGCAGAUUUUUGUGUCCGAUAUACUGCCUUGGUUGACUGUUACAUAUCAAAGAUCACCAAGUGUCUUUGUGAUCCAUGUGAACUUGUGAGACGGCAGACAUUCAUACUUCUCUCUAGAUUAUUACAGAGGGACUAUGUGAAGUGGAGAGGUGUGCUUUUUCUCCGAUUCCUUUUGUCUCUUGUUGACGAAUCGGAAAAGAUUAGGCAACUCGCGGAUUAUCUCUUUGGGAAUAUCUUAAAAGCCAAAGCCCCCCUUCUAGCUUAUAACAGUUUUGUGGAAGCUAUUUUUGUUCUGAAUGAUUGCCGAACCCAUAAUGGGCAUACUGAGUUGCAGAGUUUGCAGACUGAGAACAGGAUUUUCUCUAUCAGAGGAAAUGAUGAAAAAUCAAGGUCCAAAAGGAUGCACAUUUAUAUUUCUUUGCUGAAACAAAUGGCCCCAGAGCACCUUUUAGCUACCUUUGCAAAGCUGUGUGCGGAGAUCCUUGCUACUGCAUCUGACGGCAUCCUCAAUAUUGAAGAUGUUACUGGACAGUCUGUUUUGCAGGAUGUUUUUCAAAUUCUGGCUUGCAAAGAGAUCCGUAUCCCAUCUAACCGAUUAUCUUCUGACUCGGCUGACAUGGAUGAAGAAGGUGGAGAUACUGGAGCAUCAGCAGUUGCUGCAAGAGGCAGAGCCAUAACUCAAGCAGUCAAAAAGGGCCUUGUCCAAAACAUCAUCCCCAUCUUCAUUGAGCUGAAAAGGCUAUUGGAGAGCAAAAACAGCCCUCUAACAGGUUCCCUUAUGGAAUGUCUUCGAAUCCUUCUUAAGGACUACAAGAAUGAGAUUGAUGAGAUAUUGGUAGCUGACAAGCAGCUCCAGAAAGAGUUACUAUAUGACAUGCAAAAAUAUGAAUCAGCAAAGGCCAAAUCAACCGCUGCUAAGACUGUUGCUACCUUGCAAAGCUCAGGUCACAUUCUUACACCACACGGUUCUUCCAAGUUUGCAGUAAAAACCGAUGUGCAAAAUAAGUUCACUAAGCAGUUGCAAAGCAGUUCAAAAGUGGCUUCUGCCAUGGCAGAUGCAGCUGCUGCAGCCACUGCUCAGUCCGUGCUCAAGGAAGUGAACCGGGGUGCAUUUUCGCCGCCCCUUAAUAUCAUCAAUAUGCCCAAGCUCAAAUCUUCCAUGGAGAGAACUGCUUCCCAAGGCAAUAAACCAGUAGAGUUAUUGCAAUCAUUGAGGAGGAGACAAUCUUUCAGUUCAGAUGACGAAAACUGAUGUAUGUACAGUUCAUAUGAAGAAAACUGAUCCAUGUACUACGUAUUCUGCACUAAUGCAUUUUCCCACAUAGGAAAUGCAGAAGCCUGGGUAGAGCCUACCACAUUAGGAUAGUCAACUCACUUUGGUCCUUGGGACUUCAUCCCAACAUAAAUGUAAAUUUACUCCUGAUUUUCUAUAUUUUCAGUAGUGAUAAGUAAUCAAUUCACCUUGCCCUUUCUAUAGUUUA